AUGGCCAACAGCGAUUCAGACAGCGCACCUAGCGAGUAUUCUGUUCACCAAGAUUCUUAUUCUCCCAGAGCAGUAAUGAGUAACCGGGAAGAGAAAAGUGUUGAUUUGGCAGAGCCUCCUACUAAACCAACAAAUAAUUGGAAAAACAGAAGACAUUACCAGAUCGCAAGGAGAGGCAAAACAUACGCGCCGGGAACGUUUAGACCAAAUAACCCAACAAAUUCUUGGGUGAAUUCAAAACAUCAAAGACAUAAUCAAAUCGUAAGGAGGGGAAACACUUACGAACAAAGAACGUUUCGACCAACUCGGCAGUUUAUAUCAAAACCCGGAUCGACACGAUAUUGUGAAGUAUGUAACAAGAUGCCUCAUAAAUAUAAAUGUCCGACAUGUAGAAUACUCUUCUGUUCCGUGGAAUGUUCGAAAAAACAUAAAGAGAUCCCAUGUACCGCACCUCCACCAGUGCCUCCACCAGCAGUUGAUCUGUUUGGCCGGAAAAAGGAUGCAAGCUUCACCUCAAAUAACGAGAGAAACCCGUUUUUGCAGGAUAAUAACAAUCGCAAUGACGAUGAUCUAGAUAAUCUAUUUGAGGGGGAGGACUUGACAAUAUUAGCAGGUAUAAAACUUAACAAGGAUAUUAUCGACAGAGUACGUUCAGUCGAUACUACUUUCGAUAUAGAUGAUCCGAAUACGUUAAAGCCAGAGCAGCUGGAGAAAAUUGGACAAUCUGAGAAAAUAAAAAGAUUUCUCAAAGAUGACAAGCUGCGAGACUAUAUUGGGGCCAUAAAUGCCGUAGCAAUGGAACAGAACCCACACAAUCGUUUUAAUCAGGCAGAAGAGCUAUUGGAUGCAGCACGGGAAAGAUACGAAAAAUUCAAUGAAUUCGUGGAAGGGCUGCUUGAUAUUGUGUACGAGACCGAGGGUAAAGAGCGAUACGAGAGUGUAUGGUUGACAGAAGCUAUGCGUAAAGCGUUGGCCCAAUAA